AUGAUUUCCACUAUCUCCCACACACGUGGUGGACACCAUUUUUUUUUCGUUCUCUCCGUAGAGCUUAAUUCUUCGGAGUUCAUAGGCUCCCACAGUUGUCAUUUUUCCCGCAUUGUGGACAUUGCUUUCGAUAUAGCAGUCUCGGGGUAUCUUUAUUGCAUCCACCUCAUGCUCAGAUUUCGUGUAACUACAUCACGUAGUCGUCCAUUGGACUUGCUGUUUCUUGAGUUUCUUGUUCAAUAUCAUUGGUCUCCAACUAUUUCACUCAAGUUCCUCUCCGUACAGAUUGUGUGCGACUCAAGUCAAACUAGUAACACUAGAGUUUCUGUUUAUCUUGCAUUAGAAUUCACUGUAUCUCCAUUUUCUAUUAUCCUUCAGUAA